ACACAAACAUAAACACAAACACCUUCACUGCAAUUCUCAAAAUACUGCAAAAUGACGAAACAAGAUGAAGGAUUAACAUUAGAACUCAUACGACAACAUCUCCUCGAAGAUUUCACAACUACAGAAUCAUUCAUCAACAGUCUCAAUUCUUGUUUUUCCGAUCAAAUCUCCUCCUCCGACGACAUAUCCCCUGUUUUCACUUCAGUAAAAACAGAGCCAUCUACAUCCAAUUCCCUCUCAGAUUCACCCAAUUCCUCAUACCCAAAUGAACCCAACUCCCCAAUUUCCCGUUACUUCAAUCUCCACUCCGAUUUCCCCGAAUUCAAAAUCGAUUCAGAUACCAUCCUCAGUCCAGUUUCCGACAGCUCCGCCGGUUCUAAUGAAGACAAUAAUAAGAAGAAGAAUUACAGAGGGGUAAGGAGAAGGCCAUGGGGGAAAUUUGCGGCGGAGAUAAGAGAUCCAAGUAGAAAAGGAUCGAGGAUUUGGUUGGGUACUUUUGAUACUGAUAUGGAUGCUGCUAGAGCUUAUGAUUGUGCAGCGUUUAAGAUGAGAGGAAGAAAAGCUAUUCUGAAUUUUCCGUUGGAUGCCGGAAAAUCUGGUGCUCCGGCGAAUAUUGGCCGGAAAAGGAGAAGAGAGAACAAGAUGGAGUUGGUGGAGAUGAUUAAUUUGUAAUUUGUAUGAAAGUAUGUUAAUUACUUACUUAAUCCUCUUUAAGUGAUGUAUUAAACUCCAUUACAUUAUAAUUAAUAGAGUUUUUUUUCCAACA